AUGGGAUCGCCUGUCCACAAGCCAUGCAUACCAAAACGACCUGACCCAUUCUCCAAAGCACUCGGAAUCUCAUCAAAUCAUGAUCACAAUCAAGAUCCAAAUGUUCAACAUCCAUCACAAGUGUCUCAAUUAUCGAUUGAUCGCAAUCAACCCCAUUUAGCAUUAUCAACUUCAAUUCAACAGCAUCCCCAAUGCAGACCUGUCGUACCAGUCAAGCCUGCCUCUUUGCGACUCUCCGCAAUCAGUCCUUCCCGCACAAAUACUACUCCGUCUGAUCCAAGUCCUCGUACAAUAUAUGAUAUAUCCUCAAUAGAUCAAGCACAUGAAAUUGUGGGAGAUUUAUUGGAUUUCUCUUCAAUUCGAGCCAAAUUUCAGUCAAUCGAACAACCGGUGAAAGUACCGCUUACUCGCCAAAAAGCAUCGCUUUCUGAACCAAAUCCAAGAAUGUCGAGGCGAACUGUAGCCAAAACAGAAACCAGCAGACGUUCGGUUCCAGAUAUACACCCACCUAACGCCAAACUACCACCUCCAGUACCAGCCAAACGAUGGGGUACCCGAAAAACCCCGGACGAAGAAUCGCCCAGAGCUAUCUCCUGGACAUCAUCAGUAUCUCCAGUUACUGUGCCUCGAACAGGUUCUUUUGUAGCAGAGCUUAGCCGCCGCUUAGAGCAGGCUGAACGUAUGGCUGAGCCAGUUCGACAGAUCAAGCCAGCCUCUCCUCACCCAACAAAGCCUAAAUUUCCUAAUGAAUCCCACCUCGCCAUUCCACCACCCUCUACCAACACCCACCGCUCAACCUCACUUUCCACCCUACGUCUUCCAUUACCCCGAUCUGCAACCGGAACAAGUGUGAACAGCAUGACUUCUACUUCAUCCAACUCGUCAGGGACUUCCCGCCGUGCAUGGCCUUAUGGCAGUGCAAUGGCCAGCUGGCUGUCUGGAUCAAGUUCAUCAGACGAUCUUCAAUUGUCGAUCCCGUCUGGCCAUGUAACAAACAGUAGUAGCCGACGUUCGCUCUUUCCGAAUAUGAUAUUGACCGCUUCUCCACCGUCGUACCCCUCAGAUCCGUCUGAUCUUCCACCUGUCUCACCUGAUCUUCUCGACGGCCCAGAGCUUACCGCACUCCCAACAAAACGAGCACGAGUUGUGCAGGAGAUUUUGGAGACCGAGCGAACUUAUGCGACCGACAUGCGUCUAGUAAAGGAAAUCUAUUAUGACAAGGCUUUUGAAUCACAUUCUCCUUUGAAUCCGCUCGAUGUCAGACACAUAUUUUCUAACUUGUUAGACAUUCUCGCCCUCGAGAGUGACUUUUUGCCCUUGUUGGAAAAUGCCUGUAAAAAUGAACUCGAUUCUGACUUGCAGCCUACAAGGAUUAAGACCAAUGAAAAUUCGAUAGGAAAGCUAUUCAGAGAGAUGACAAGUCGUCUAGUGCAGGUUUACGGUGAUUACUGCAAGCGACACGAAGAUGCUCUCAAUCGAUUACAGGAGUUGGAAGCAAAACCUGCUGUUUAUGUAUUUCUAUCGGCAUGCAAGGAGGAUAUACAAGGGCGAACAAUGUGUUGGGAUCUUCCGAGCCUAUUGAUUAAACCUGUUCAGCGAGUUUUAAAGUAUCCGCUGCUUCUCAAAGAAUUGGUCAACAUGACACCUACCACUCACCCGGAUUAUGAACAAUUAACGAUCGCUAAUAAGGAGAUUCAAGGAGUUGCAGACGCCAUCAAUGAGAUCAAACGGCGCAAGGACAUUGUGGAGAAGAUUGUGCGAGAAAAGAAACGGAACGAGAUGAGUAUGGUUCAUGGGUUCAACAAGACUUUGACUCGGCACGCUCAACGGUUUAGACAAACUACUGGUCUCUCAUCUGAACCAACCCAAGAUCAAUCGUUUGAUGCACUCUACCAGAAAUUUGAGUCUCAGCAAGAGAUAGUUCGCCAGUGGGUGAAAGCUAUUCAGGAAUGGGGCGAUCACCUUAAACAUACUGCAGACACAUUUCAUGUCUUUCUGCUUCAUCUUGAGUCUUUUUACAACACUUGGGGAGGUGUACGUGUCAAGAGUAUGGAGAGAGUACAGGAAAUCACCCGAAUAACCCACACACUACAUAUGGCGAUCUCUCAUGAAGUGGAUGCACUUGUCCAGGGAAAAAUGUGCGGUCGUGUUGAAGCUUUCUUAAAAGUCUAUGAGAGCCCUGGUCAGGUUAUUCAUAAGCGUGCUAGGAAGCUACUUGACUAUGAUCGUGUACGCUAUAUGAAGAAUAAGGGAGAUAUUCCUGACAAAGUAACCCAGGAGUCUGCAGAUGCAUACGUGUCUAUCAAUGCCCAAUUGGUAGACGAACUGCCAAGAUUCUUCUUGUUGACCGCGCGCUACUUUGGAAUAUUGGUUGACGAGUUUGCUACAAUCCAGGCCAGACUAAUGACUCACACAACACAUCAAUGGAGAGCGCAUGCCGAGAAAUAUUUUCAACUUGGUGAUCCACAAAAAAUGUCUUAUGAAGCCAUCACUCAGAAUUACCACAAAAUCAUGACAGAAAUUGUCCAACCUCAGAUAGACGAUAUCCAAUCAAUUAGAUAUUCACCGACUGUCAACUGUAAUCUGCGUCAGAGUACUGAAAGUGUACCAGCAUCUUCGAGACUAUCCCAGAGCCUUUACCAAGACUCACAGUGGCUGUCUGAAGGUCAAAUAACCCCUCAGCCAGAACGAGCACAGAACUUUCAGCAGAAAGAUAAGCGAAUCUCAAGAGAUAGUCAGGAUAGCGCAGUAUAUGUGCGAGCUAUAAAUCGACAGUCGAGUCUUUCGUCGUUUUUGAUUGAGGGAUCAGAUCCAGUAUUUGAGUGUGUAGCCACCUCAAGUCUGAAGUCUCAAGGUCCUGAAGCUCUUUCUAUCACCAAGGGGGAUAUUAUUCAGGUUUGGCUCCCCACAAAAGACCAAAUAUCAGGAGACGCUGCUACUGCUGAAUGGUGGUAUGGUAGCCUGAGGACAGUAGAAGGUGAACCCAUGUUCGGUUGGGUGCCUUCUUGGUACUGCCAAAAAAUUUAA